AUGAUUCUACAAGCAUUAUCAUACGCUGGAACCCUUUUGGGUUUCCUAUUUCUGACGCUCUCAAUUGCAGCAGGUUUAUAUUACAUUAGCGAACUGGUUGAGGAACACUCAGAACCAACGAAACGGUUCCUGAACAGAGCAAUUUACGCCAUUAUUGUAUUAUACCUUUUGCUUUUGGUACUGGACUCGUUUCCCUUUAAACUAAGCGUUUUCUCCAUUUUGUCAUAUGUGGUAUACCUGCAGAACCUCAAGCAUUUCCCCUUCAUUUCUCUGACUAGCCCGACUUUCAUUGCUAGCUGCUUCCUGGUUGGAAUCAAUCACUACCUAUGGUUUAAGCAUUUCAACGACACCGAAGUUCCACCUCAAUUCCGGUAUGACCCGAACUACAUACCACGCAGACGUGCAAGUUUCACUGAAGUGGCUUCCUUUUUUGGCAUCUGCGUAUGGUUCGUGCCAUUCGCAUUGUUUGUAUCCUUGUCGGCAGGAGAUAAUGUUCUGCCAACCACAACUGCAGGAUACUCGAAGAAAAGCGAUGAAUUGAGCGAUGAUUCGCCUCGAUUCCGCAAGAAGGCCACAGGCCUGGUUCGGGUUGUCAUCGAUUCUAUAAGAGCAUAUUUUUACUCCACUGCCCGUGUAUUCGGUUAUGAAGUAGACCCUAGUAGAGGCAGGCUUGUGGUAUGA